AUGCAAAGAGAGAAUACACAAGUACAGACCAUACAAAGAUUGAGCACACAAGGACAGAUCAGGCCAGAAAGGAAUACACUAGAACUGAAUGCACAAAGAGAGCAUAAAGAAGAACAGAGUGCGGACGUCACAACAGAAAAAAAUACACAAGGACUAAAUAAAAUUGGACAGAUUAUAAAAGUGAACACUGAAAAACAGAAUGCAAGAGCAAAACACACAAGCACCAAAUUUCAAUUUACAAAGAAAGAACAUAGAAGAACAGAAUAUGCAAGAACAGAUCACAACAGAACAAUAUACGCAAACACUGAAUGCACAAGGACAGGACAAAAAAUUAUCGAUCACCCAACUGGACAAGGAAACAAUGAGCAAUCUUUCUCAACAGUAUAUGCUACACCACAUAAAUCUGUUAUAAUGAAUUCGCCAGUGCCGUAUCAUUCAACUUCUACAACAUUACCAAAGGCAGGGUAA